AUGGCUGGUGCUGCAGAAGGAGACAAUGGAGACAUAUUUGUGGGUGAGCGCGCCGAGAAAUUUCGCGGCAUUCUAUCCCUCAAAUAUCCCAUGGAGCAUGGCAUCGUGCAACAUUGGGACGACAUGGAGCUGAUAUGGCGGCAUGUCUACUCUGAGAUGAAAGUCAACGCAGAGGAGCACCCCGUUCUCCUGACAGAGGCUCCGCUCAAUCCGCGGAAGAACCGUGAGAAAGCAGCAGAGAUCUUUUUCGAGACAUUCGGUUGUCCGGCGCUCUUCGUUUCGGCGCAGGCCAUCCUCUCGCUGUAUGCAAGUGGGAGAACGACGGGUGUGGUCCUGGACUCGGGAGACGGCGUCACUCACGCCGUCCCAGUUUAUGAGGGUUUUGCCCUCCCACACGCAGUGAUGAGAUCGGACGUUGCCGGGCGCGACGUCACCGACCACUUGCUCCUCCAGCUCCGGCGCACUGGCCAUGUUUUUCACACCUCGGCAGAGAGGGAAGUUGUCCGUCAGAUCAAGGAGAAGGAGUGUUACGUGGCGCUGAACCCGCAGAAGGAGGAGCAAGGAGAACACGACAAGGCCUCCAUGCAGCACCAAUACAAGCUGCCUGAUGGCUCCGUGAUCAACCUCGGUGCAGAAAGGUUUCGAGCGCCCGAGAUACUGUUUCAUCCUGACCUGAUUGGCCUGGAAUACCCAGGCAUCCAUGAAUUGCUCGCUACGUCCAUCAAUCGGGCUGACCUCGACUUGCGAAUGACUCUGUUCUCACAGAUCGUCCUAUCGGGCGGCUCGACCAUGUUCGAGAAGUUUGGUGACAGGCUUCUAGGCGAGGUGAAGAAGCUUGCGCCGAAGGACAUCAAAAUAAGAAUCAUUGCGCCGCCGGAGCGAAAGCUCUCCACUUGGAUAGGCGGCUCAAUCCUGGCGUCCUUGGCAACAUUCAAAAAGAUGUGGGUUACUAAAGAAGAGUUCGAAGAAGAUGGUUACUCCAUUCUGCAUAAGAAAGCUUUCUGA